UAGCGGAGCGAGUCGUGUUCGCGGCGCGGGGUUGCGGGCUGCGGCCGUCAGUCGUCGGGUGAGCGGGGUGCGACGUAAACGCGGUCUCGGACUAUGGCGGAAGGGCUGAUCCUCAUUCCCAUAAAAGGGUCGAGUUGAUUGUGGUGCAGAUACGCGUGAUCUCCUAGCGCCCGUCACAGCACUAGCACUAGCACUAUGAAACAAAUUAAAGAUGGCUACUAAGUAAACAUUAUUCAUUGUUAAAGAUUUAUUGUAUUGUUCAUGGAAUACGAGAGAACACUUAUGUAUACAUCAUUGAAUUAUUGUUGAUACGUUAGAUUUUAUGCCACGACUGGUAUUUAUAAUAUCUUCCUAAGAAGGGAACACAGGACAAAAUGGCUACUCAAAGAUUUUGUUUGCGUUGGAACAAUCACCAGACUAAUAUGUUGUCGGUGUUUGAUCAGCUCCUUCACGCUGAGACCUUCACUGACGUCACGUUGGCUGUUGAAGGCCAAUUGCUUAAAGCUCAUAAAAUGGUUUUAUCGGCUUGCAGUCCGUACUUUCAAGCCCUAUUUGUGAAUCACCAAGAGAAACAUCCAAUCGUUAUACUUAAAGACGUACCUUACUCGGACAUGAAAAGCUUGUUAGAUUUCAUGUACAGGGGUGAAGUGAGCGUCGACCAGGAACGUCUUACGGCGUUUUUGAAAGUAGCUGAGAGUUUAAGAAUCAAGGGGCUGACGGAGGUCAAUGAGGAAAAAUGCGACAUACCCGCCCUGACAAACUCUUUGAUCCAACAGCAACAGGGCAACACAGCUCACACUCCGCCACCGCAAUUGCACAGAAUACACCCUUAUAUGCAUCAAAAGAGGCCUGCAUCUGGCAUCCCCAGCGGAGGAGCUCCUCCUAAUUUACUGAUGCCUCUAUUGGGCAAUGCGUUGAUGCAACCGAAGCGAAAACGAGGAAGACCCAGGAAACUUAGUGGGAGUUCCAGCGACGCCCUCAACACCGCCGCAAGCCCUCCGGGAGAAUUCAUCCCAGAGUCAGCAUCGCAUACGUCAUCAAACAGAGCCGGGGACCAACUGAUUCGUGGCUCGCCAGAAAUGUUAGAGGUCAAAAUGUCCAUGGAUAGUUUUAACGCGGAAGACGGAGUUACUUCUGGAGGCGAGGAUGCUGGGGAAGCGCUUAUGAUAGACGAAGGUGACGACGCACAGUCGAACGAGGCUCCCCAAUCCGGCAAAGAUUCAGAAUCAGCAGAUAAUGAUAAACAGCCCAAAGAGGAAACACAUCCAAAUUUUCCAUCAAACGGUCCGAUAUUGUCAAUCGAGAAUGGAGCCAUUAAACAGGAACCAACUUGUGAACAGAAUGACGAAUACAAUGAACACAUCGAAUACAAAUACAAUCCUGAUAGAAGCCGCGAGAACUCCAACUCCCAGGACGGCCCCAUCAAGGAUGUCGAAGACAAAAUAAGACUAGGUCGUAAUUUAAAGCCAAAGAAUAGUAAAAAAUUACAACCCCAAAUGUCUAAGUUUAGAGCGCGCACGCUAUUCAAUCAGCUCUCUGGCCUCUCUAAUUUAAAUCCCGCACUGAAUAGCUUCGAUAAAUUUCCGCCAGAGACAGUUCUCAUGCCGGCUCUCGCCACACAGCUGUUCGCAGCCGAAUUGGAACAGAACAACUUGAACAUGGUCAAUAGCGAAGUGUCCGAUUUGGGGCAGACCAACUGGGAACAGCGCAUAUUCCCAUCGCCCAUCAGAAAAAAUAACAUGGCAAACGUCGGCAACUAUCACGAGGAGACGAACGAAUCCGUCAGGGAUUACUGCAUCAAGGAGGGCGAGAACGUUUUCAGGUGCAAGAUAUGCGCCAGGGUCUACACCCACAUCAGCAAUUUCUGCAGACAUUACGUCACCUCACACAAGAAAGACGUCAAAGUCUUCCCCUGUCCGAUAUGUUUCAAGGAGUUCACCCGCAAGGACAACAUGAUCGCCCAUCUUAAGAUCAUACACAAAAACCAGGCCAACGCCAACGAGCAAACCGCGAAGCAAGAGUCUUAAUCACACUCCUCUCCACUGUAUAGAUUGUUCGCAGAUCUGAUAUAAUUUUAUUCGUAUAAUUAAAUAUAGGAUUUCAAUUUACGGUUAGAGGUUGGUACGUAGAUUGAUCGCAACGAUAGGCGUCCGAGCUGUAAGUUUCACGGUGUAACAAUAAGUUGUUGGUGUUUUGGGCCGCCGUCGCCCGUUGUUAUAAUGAUCUAUUUAUUUAUGUUGUUUCAUUUUGUUUCUCGAGAGUGCUGAACUUAGAGAUUCUAUAUUCUUUUUUUUUUUUACUUGUUAUGUUGCACUCACUUGUUACUUAAUUUUAUUACUUACGAAAAAAAAAAAAUAUUUCAGGGUACAAAGUAACUACUCAUGGUGAUCGUUAAAACAAACGUAGUCCUUUCGAUUACACGCAAUUCUCAUUGAACUGAAUUAGUUAAUGUAGUUUAGGAGUUAUUUUUACGAAUAUACCAAUGGCGGAGCCUUUUUGUAAUAUAAGUACGGAUAAUAUAUACGAUAAGGUUCAGAAUAUUUAAUAUUUCCUGAAGAGGCUAUGGCUAUACAAAAAGGCUUACAGACGCCAUUAUAUGUAGUGGUGUGAAAUGCAUUUUCAUUUAACUUGCCUUAAUAGUGAUCCUAGGUGUAUAAUUUACAGUAACUUCUCGAAGUAAAACUCAACACGGGCUAUGAUUUUAUUGUGUAGUUAUUAUUAUUAUUAUUUUUUUUGUUUAGGUUUAAUAUAAAAUAGUUUAUUAAUGUUGAAAUAUUUGGUUGUAGAAGUUGUUCUGUUCGAGUCACACCGCGUCUCUUGUCUAUGGAAUAGCGUAUAAUCUCAUUAAUAACAAAAUUAGUUUAGAUUCAGUUCCUCGGAUGUACACGUCUUCGUCUCUGUUAGAUAUUUUUUUUUUUCCAUUUUAUUUCUUAUUACGUUCGAGAUGCAUAUAUUUACACUGAAUAUAUCUGUAGGUCAAUUAAAAUACCCUUUAAACUCGUAUCUGUCAAAGACAAUAUUGAUAUCGUGAAUUAAUAGUAGGGGAAUCACGUAUUAUAGGGAUGUAAUAUCACUAUGGGACGUUAAAUAUCCAAUAUUACGUCUAUAUAUUAAACUCCAACCAAUUUCAUGUUAUAGCAGAAUUAUAUUUAAAAUAUUAUUAAUUAAAAUAUAAUAAAAACCGUUUACUUUUUAUAAAUUAAAACGACGCGGAGUCGUUAGAAGUGAUUAUAGCAAGGUGCUCGUGAGAAAUUUAAAACAUACUGGAACCAUGAGAUGAUUUGUAAAUUCUAUUUUAGUAGAUAUCAAAUUGCCUUAAAAAAUAUAUUAGGGAAAUCGUACUUAUUAGUUAUAUUACUAGGCGGAUGUAGUCUUCCAUAUUGUAUUGAUAGCGACACUUCUUUAUUCGUUUUAUAUUCUAUGAAAGAUUACUUUAAAAAUUUACACUUAUACACUUUUCGGACAUGUACAAAAAGAUACGGACUUCAACAGGUAUUAGGACAUUAGAUACUCCCAACAAACAACAUGACACUAACGCUGUAUUAUUUGUGAACCCCUAACACCGUUUUCUAAAUCAUAAAUUUUGUAGGUCCAGGGAACGCUUGCCUAUUAGUGUGCCUUUACUUGUACAUUCAUAAGUUAUAUCGACUAUUAGCUGUUUAAGAAAUUUCAAAGAAUAUUAUGUAUAAUUAUUUUCAUUAUUCGAAGUUUACAAAUCUAUUUUAAGAAGCUUCCUUAGGUUAGAACCUCCUAGGCCCAAGUAGUUAAAUACGAUCAUAGUUAAAUUUAGGGACGUCAUCUCAUGUUUCCCACUUAAUGUGUAAAUUGGAGCAAAAAAUUUAAACAAAUUUUAAGACUGUAAAAAAAAAAAAAAUUUUCAUAAAAAACGAAUUUAUUGUACCUUUCAUAAAAUUUAUAUGGAAAAAUUUAUCUUGGAAACGGAUAGGUACUUAAAUAAUGAAAGAAAUUUACACUUACAUAUGUCGUCGAGGCUAACGUUAUUGGAUUAAUCAUAUGAUAAAAUGUAGUCAAUUUAGCCAGUGCCUAAACUGAUUGUUUUCAACGGAGACCUCUCAACUUUCCUUGAUCGUCAUUCUCCUUUCAGAGUUCCUUUUAAUUCUAUAUAAAUAAUGAAAUCUAUUGUAUUUGUUGAAACGAUUGUAUAAUUAAAAAAAAAAAAAUCUAUUUAUGUUAUUAAAAUAUCUUAUUUCUAUAUGUAUGGAACAUUAUUUAUUAAAGCUAUAUCAUCGAUUGGUGCUAAAUUAAACUUAAGGUCACAUUUGAUGUGACGUAAAUGAAUUGUCCCUAAAGUGUAUGUUUGUCGAUAUUGUUGUUUUAUUAUAUGUAUCUACCUUAUUUUAUAUUAAGGCAGUUAGAUUAUAUUUACCGCUGUAUAUUUAUGUAUAGAUUAUUUUUUCUUGCAGAUUAUAUUUAUUAUUGCAUUAUAUCAUGACAUUGUUCCACAGAUACAAAAUAGAUUUAUUCGUCAGUUGAUUAAUUAUUACAUAUAGUUAUUUAUGCUUAUAAUAUAACGAAUUAUAUUUAAAUUUCAGCAAUAUAUGUAGAUGGCGAUAUAAAAAAAAAAAAAACAUUUUUUCAGAGUAUCAAAUAUUUAAUAUUACAGUUACUUAAUACAUAUGUCCAUUGUUUUCCUUGCAAUUAUUGAAUAGUUAGAGAGGUGUUACAGAAUAUUACGAUUAUUAAAAUAAAUAAAGAUUCACAGAUUAUAUUCGAAGAGUUUAAUGUAAAGUAGUUUCGUCUGGUGACUGAGGAUGUUUAUUAUCUAUAAUUACUAAUAAAAUACUCGGAUUCAACCAUCACUUAGAACGGAUACAAAGAAUUUUGAUGUGAUAAAAUGUGUCUUCACCUAGUGAUACUUAAAAAAUAAUAUUCGUUGUCACAUAAGAUUUAAAACACAAAUAUUCAUUUUACAAUCAUCAACAAUUUUAAUAUUGUAGAACGGUAAUUUUAAUAGAAUUAUAGAACACUCCUCAGUAAUAGUAUAAGGUUAGACAGUGCGGUUCACGUUGCUACCGAGACUUCAGAUUUAAAUAUUUAAACGGUUCUUACACCUCUCUCUAUAUUAUAUUUGGACACAAUAAAUCUCAGACAGAUUAUUAUAUGAUAGUUGAUAGCCAAAUGUUGAAUUCUGAAUACUUUUGUUAUUGCACAUAGACAAUAGUGGUACGUUUAGAAACUUUUAGAUUCGGAGGUUACACGACAUAGAAUUAUAUGUUAUUGGAAUACGAUGGUAUACAAUAAGGUGUUAAUUACUAUUUUUAGAGUCUUUAAAAAAAAUAAAAGUUAAAAAAUUAAAAUGAAUCUUUUGUAUUCGAUGUUAUUGUUAUGUUCCAUUAAUUAUUUCUCUUUUUAUUUGAUACCUUUCUUAUUUAUUAUCUAUAUAUAUUUUUUUUUCUCUGUUAUUUCAUGUGGACAUACGUUUGUCAUAUUUUAAGAGUCGUGUAAAUGUGUCUGAAAUGGAAUGUCCACACUAAAUGUGUCGGUUAUGAAUGUCUAGUACUUAGUUUCACUUGUUGUACCUUGUGUACGUUUUGUACGUUUAAGGGAUGUGCAUACUUUUAUGACAACGCUAUGACUUGAUCGUACCUUCGGUGAUAUCGUCAACGAUAAUAUAUAUAUAUAUUAUUUUUUAAUAUCAUUUAACGAGAAACUAUUUUUAAUAGUAGCAAAGUAACAACACGGGUUAUUAGUAAAGAUUAGCUUAAGUUAUUUAUAAUAUAUAAUAUAAUUGUGUUGUUUACAAUUGAGUGAAUAUUUUAUAUUGUAUGUAGAAAUAUUGAAGAGGACUGAGGAGGUAGGUAACAAGAUGUUCACAGAGACGGUGUGGUUAGUAAUAGUUGACAUGCUUUCGAUGUUGCUCAAAUUGACGCUAUGCGAUACAAAGUAUUUUUGGUUCAGUACAAAUUGUUGCUUUUGUAUUUUAUAAUAUAUGUCCUUGAGACAGAGCGGCUUGCAUACGGCAGCUAUAUGAUUUUUAGCAUGUUCCUUGCCAGAUUUCGUCUAUAUCAAAUGCAACCCACCUUAUGUGAUGUUAUGAUGAAAAAACAAAACUGGUAAUUUUUAUUACAAUGUACCUAAAACUUACACUUGCCGAAAUAGUUCCAAAUGCAAUCACUUGAGUCCUAUUUUAACUAUAGUGAUUACUAUCUUUUUUGUUACAUUAUUAUUUUUUUUUUAUUUAUUACGUAGAAUUAGAUAUUAUUUUAGAUAGUUUUAGAAGAUUGACUUAUUACGACUCCGUUAAUUUUCCUCUUUAUUAUUAUUUUUUUUUUUGACCACUGCCUAGUGUUUUAAUGGAAAACUAUUUGCACAGCAGAUAUGUAUAAUAUAUUUUUUUCAUGUUUUGUUUCUAUUAUGUAUAAUUUUAUAGGGAGUUAUUUGUGGACAAGUUCGUCGUUACGCUCUGUGCAAACAAGCUUUAUUGAUACUCUAUAAAUUGGUGCUACUUAUAUCGUAAUUGUAAUGGCGGGCUCGUCUCUAAAGUAGUUCCAUCUAUCAUGUUUUUCGUUUUAUUUUUCAUGGUGUAAUUAAUUUCUUCAUUAAAUUUGAACAAAUAAAUAUUAAUAUAUUUUCGUC